ACCUCAUUCAUAUCAUUCAAGGGAGACGCGCCCAGAAACUUCAAAGUCCCCACAACCCUCCCUAUUUAUAUGACCAUCCCCUUCUUUGGAUAUCCAUCAUCGGUAAAACAAAAGGAGUUGGCUUCUCACUUGCAAACCACAUUUUAUCAAAUACUCAAAACAAAAACAAGCUUUCAUCAUGUCUCUGAUUCGAUCAUUGCUUAGCAACCCACUUUCCACUGACAUCUGGUCACCACUUGGUUCAAGUACUAAUGAGAUAUCAAGUUUCGCUAGCGCGCACGUUGAUUGGAAGGAGACCCCAGAAGCUCAUGUAUUCAAGGCUGAUCUUCCUGGGCUGAAGAAAGAGGAAGUGAAAGUUGAGAUUGAAGAAGGAAGGGUUCUACAGAUAAGUGGAGAAAGAAGUGUUGAAAAGGAGGAUAAAAACGAUAAGUGGCAUCGUGUUGAGAGAGGUCGUGGCAAAUUCCUUAGGAGGUUCUGGUUGCCUGAGAAUGCUAGAGUUGAUGAAGUGAAGGCAUCAAUGGAGAAUGGGGUUUUGACUGUUACGAUUCCGAAGGCCGAGGAGAAGAAGCCUGAGGUCAAGUCCAUUGAGAUCAGCGGCUGAGUAAAUGUCUCUGUCUUGUCAUCCAUCGUUUUGUGAUUCUGCAAAGUUAAUUUUAUCAAUGUUUGUGAUGUUAUAUUUCUGCGUUUGAUCUUUGGUAUGUAUCCCUUGUCUCUCUCGGAAAAUGCAUGUUUGUGUAAACGAGAUAUAUUGUGGUAAUAAAAUCUGUUCUUAAUUACA